GCGCCGCCUCGCUCCCGAUGCUCUCGUUUUCCCAACAUCCAGAAGAUCGAUGCUUCGAAUUCAGUCCCUGGAUGAUGACUGUACGUUGGAGGAGGAAGAUGAGGGGCUAAACGAGGAGGAAGAUGAAAUCGAUCAGUUCAACGACGACACCUUCGGGGCGGGGGCCAUCGACGACGACUGGCAGGAGGAACACAAACGCCUCGCUGAGCUCGACGAGCGCGAUGGGUUGGGGGCGGGGUUUGUGUUGGGAGGAGGUGGGAUGGGAGGAGAGUUGGAUUUAGGAGGAGCGAAGCGCUCGUCCUCCGUGCACCUCCCUUCCUCUUCAGGCCAACCCCCUCUCCAGUCUUCCCUCCUGUCCUUAGGUUUGUCCUCGUCGUCUUCUGGACCGCCACACAGACCAGAUGCAGAGGACCGAGCAGGAGAAGGUGGCUUGGCCGAGUCUCUGGCCAGACUCAUCCUGGAGGCGGACCCGGCCAUCGCAGGGGUUGGAGCCGCCGAGAGGCCCGGUUCGUCUCCCGGCUCCACAGGGUCCGGUACAUCCUCUCUGCACAGGCUGGACCAACCCCGAGUCCUGCCGCAGUCCUCCAUCCCUCAGCAGCACCAGCUGCCUCCUGGACCCCACACCUCAGGCCUUCCUGCCUCCUCCAUGCUCAGCUACCAGCAGCAGCAGCACCUGCUGCGCAGGAGCUCCGCCCCCAUCGCUCAGAUGAACUCUCACAGUAUCUGGGAGAACAGUAUGUGUUUUGGACCGGUCAGCGUCUCUCCUGGACUCUCCACACACAUGGAGGACAGUCCACUGAUGUCCAUCAUCAAAGAGGUGGGUCUUCCUAAACGAGCCCCUCAGGGGAGGAGCGACGAAGGACGGGAUCUGUCUGAGAGGGUUCCACCGCCGCGCUCCUCCUCCCCUGUGAUUGGCUCGCCUCCGGUGAGGGCGGUGCCUAUCGGGACUCCACCCAAGCAGCCAAUGAGCCACGCCCUGAACCAUCAGAUCCACCACCCCACAGCGGUUCAUGUCCGAGCCCCAGCCCAGCACAGGUACCCCACCCCCUUCCCUGAGCGCCUGUCACCCAACGCCCUCCUGAACAUAGCUAACUCUCCGCUGUGUCGCGGCCCGUUUCCCCCCAGAGUCGGUCCAGUUCUGUCCCAGAUCCAGAGAGCCCAGCUGCUCAACUCCCAGGUGGGGGGUUUUCCUCGCGGUGGCCCCGGCCCCCCUUUGUUACCUGGUGGAGGCUUCAGGCCAUUCUUCAGUGGCCCCCCUCCUCCGCACGGCCACAGGAUGGGCCCGCCUCCUCUUCACGGACCCCUCAGUCAUGCGCCGCCGGUCCGGCACAACACCACGCACCUCCACCCGCAGCACCGCCGAAUGCUCACCCAGCGCCUGCAGAGCCGAGGAGGGGACCGUGUCAGGACGGGACUGGACCGGGGCAGCAGGGACCCCUACAGUAACCUGAUGUCUCAGAAGGAGAAGGAGUGGGUCACAAAGAUCCAGAUGAUGCAGCUGCAGAGCACCGACCCGUACCUGGACGACUACUACUACCAGAACUACUAUGAGAAGCUGGAGAAGCGUCAGGAGAAGGAGCGAGACAGCAGCAGCAAGAAGGAGCACGCCACCAAGCUCAUCACGCCGCAGGUCGCCAAGGUGGAACAUACCUACAGGCCCGUUCAGUUCGCCGGCUCUCUGGGGAAGCUGACGGUGUCGAGCGUGAACAACCCCAGGAAGAUGAUCGACGCCGUGGUGACGACCCGCUCCGACGAUGAGGAGAAGAGGGAGAAGCAGGUGUGGAACAAGAGGCGACAGAUUCUGUACACUGUGGAGAAGAUGUACACUCUGCUCCUGGAGGUCCAGGACUUCGAGAAGCGUUUUGUUCAGACCCCGGAGGAGGAGCGCCAGGCUCUGCUGGAGCAGCACAAGUCCAACAUGGAGCAGCUGUGCGGCUCACUGAGGGAGAAGGAGUGGGACGACAGGGUGAGUGAUGAGCUGUGCGUGAUGAUCAUGUCAGUGAGGAAAGGCAAGCGGCUCAUCGCCAGGCUCCUCCCCUUCCUGCCCUCAAUGCAGGCUGCUGCUGUCGUCAUGGCGAUCGCUCGCAACCUCCCCACGUUGGCUAAGAAGGACAAACAAGAGCAGGUGUUGUCCUGGUUGGUGGAGCCGGUUUCUGCUGUCGUUCAGUUGCUCUCAAGCUCCGCCCUCACAGAUCUGCUGCAGGAGCUGCAGGGCGGCGAGGGACAGCUGGCUGCAGUUCUGCAAAACAAGUUCGGCGUGACGCUGCUCUACCUGAUCCUGAGCGAAGGAGAGAGGAUGCAGAGCUCCGACCCGAACUGUCAGCUGAUGGACGACAAUCGAUGGACCGAGCUGGUGUUUUCUGUGACCAGGGAGCUGCUCGGCGUCCCGUCUUCAUCCCUCUCCCCUCCCCUCCUCACCCCACCCAACCUGCUGUCCCUGUUCUCGCGCUACGUGGACCGACAGAGGCUGGAGCUGCUAGAGGACAAGCUACAGAUCUCUGCUUCGUCCAGGUAGAAGUUACUACGGCGUGAGCACGACUCCCCCAAACAGUGCAGAAUUAUGCGUGUUCAGUGUGUGUGCGCAUGCGUGCGUGUGUGCGUGUGCUGGCUCUUGAGGUGAAUCCAUGGUGGAUCGUGAUUUUGCAGCAGAAUCUAGUCACUUUUUGUUUCUCGGUGUUCUCUGUGUGUGUGUGUGUGUGUGUGUGUGCGUGCGUGCGUGUGGACGACUCACUUUGUGAAACGUCUGAAUUAUGAAAAUUAAGUCUGCAUUUUUAAAUACCUUGUUUACGAUUAUG